AAUCUAAGUAAACAAUAUGGCGCUCAGUUCAAAACAGGAAUCGAAGCAGAAAAGUUUGGCAGUAUUAUUCAGAAAAAAAUUAGAUAAGCUGGGGUGCCCUUAUACAGAGGGUGUGUCAGAGUCCUGGAUCUCGGAAAUGAUCUAUAAGCCGGGAGAACCAAGGAUCAAACUACUUCAAUGGCUCUUCUCUAAAUUUGAUUCCAAGCUCCAUGAAUACAUUGAACCAAGGUUUGAUACUGCUGAGUCCAAACUGGACUCGAGAAUUCAACGUUUACUCUUUGUGGCUUCCACUCUAGGAUUCUGUAGAUAUGAUGAUGUGGAUUUGAUCAGGGGGGUUACCACUGGGAGUAAGCAGGAUGCCUUUAUGGACAAACUGAUAGACCUGGUGUGUAUCAAGGAUGCUGCAGAUGACCCUGACAAUAAGUCAAUGAGAAACCCAAAUGUGGUCAGCGAGUCCAUGCCACUUGAGGAUCAGUUUCAACAUGACUCGCAUUUGAUGAAAACUCUAGUCAGCCAAGAAAAAGUGGAUUCCAUGCUCAAUCCUAGACUCUCCCUCCUGCCGCCAGAUUUACAAAGGCAGUAUGAGGUCGCUAUGGUGGAAAAAGGACUGGACAAAGACAGGCCACCUAAGCCUGAUAUACAGAGUCUAAUGGAGUCUGCAGAAAAACUGUCACAGGAUCUUCAGAGGCAACAGGAAAUUCUCCGAGAAGUCAACAAAACUUUUAUGUACGAGUCUCCAGAUCCAUCUCGAGGAGAGAUUGUGAGUAAGACAAUGAGUCUGGUGCUCUCCGAGUUAUCUCAGCUCGUGACAGGAUUCACCUACUGCUAUGAGAACGAGAUGAGUCACUGGUGUAACAAAUCUCCUCCCGUACUCAAUGAAUUAGGCCCAGCAUUCAAGAGAGUUUAUAAUUUACUGCAGACCUUUGUCAAGCUACUGAAGGAUUUUGAAUCCAUCAGGGACUCCUACACACAUCUUAGUCGAGACACCAAACUUAAUAUAAAGAAAUCCGUCACCACUAAGAAAGCUAGUCUGGCAACAGCAGGGCAGGAAAUGUUGGAAAGCCUCCAAGAGUGCGUUACUGUUCUAGACGAAUCUGUUCAUCGGGGGACAGCAAAUUCCAGUCACUCCAUGCUGGAGGUAUCCAAGCUUGCCAGAUGAUGGUUGUCUGCAUAUCUGGAGGGGGUGCAAUAAAUGCUUGGAUUUUCACCCUGGGCUUUAAAAGGAGAGGGUAUUUGUUUAGCCUCAAGAACCAAUCAAAUAUACACUUGUGAAACAAGUGGGUUAGGACACUACAUUGCAAUUUUAGUGUUCAAACUCCAAAUUAAAUAUGUUUUUCUUCAAAACAUAUGCUAGCACUGAAUUGAUGAUAAUUUGAACUGUACCAGAGAAACAUUUCAUUUGUACACAUUCUCGAUUGUUUAUAAUAAAAUUGUACAGUAAUACUA